AUUGUUAUCGAUACUACAGGGCACCAGCCAGCUAUCGCCACCGAUAGACGAUAGCUUUUGUUAUCAGGUGGUUCAAUUUGUUUUCAAAUGAUUUUAGCGUCACAUUCUUGUCAAACAGGAGAACGCUGCUUCUGCGUGGCAAAACAGACAUAAAACAGUGGAAUAAACUGUUUCCUCAUUGAGUGCCAAGUGCGGUGCAGUCGCAAAGCUAAAUAUGUCCAGCUCCCGCCAUCGCAAACCGACAAAAUCAUCCCGCGUUCCUCCACAAGCCAGGGAAUACAUCAGCGCAAUGGCCGAGGACCGGGAAUUGGAGCGAUUCAUGGCCUUCUCGUCGACAGCGAGCAGUGGAGCCAGCGGCAGCACUCACAGUUGUGCCCUGGGACCAGUCCUGCCGCCACGGUGUGCCUCCGUGGAACAUGGAUUGCGGCCAGAAUCCGGCCACAGGCGUCGCCCAAAGAGCAGCGACCAUGCACCGGACAAAGAAAAAGCAGAGGAACAGCUCCUUGAACUGCCACUUUCACCACCAAUCAGUAAACACACAAUCUCCCAGUCGGCAUGCCCAAAAUCAAAAGUAACUCCCACAAAAUCUGAUGAAUACACCAUUAUACCCAUUUUAUUGGCCAGUAGCCCCAGUUUCCGUCCCGUAGCAGCCACGCAAACCAUGUCUCAAUCCGCGGAUGACCUACGGACACCCACCAAGUCGCCCCAGAUGCAAAGCAAAAAAACGCAGACACCAGAGUCUGCCCUGAAGUCACACAAGCGCCUGGAGUGGGAUCCUGCUGCCGAUGUGGGCUACUGCAAGAGGGCACUGUCCACGAGUAACAUUAGCACCCUGGAGCGAUCAGUACUGGUGGAUUGCGGCUGGCGUCAGCCAACACAGCAGCGGGCCGAGGCGGAUACGGAUAUGCAGCGCCAGGAGGCGGUGCAGCCGUUACCAAUGCUGGAUAAGCCAACGCCACCACUGGCUUGCAGUACAUUUGUCAAUCGCAGCGAUCGCUUGAAGCCUACAAUGGAUUCCCUGGACAGUUCAUUGAGCUCUAGAAAAGGGGAUUCUAGGGAGAAAUCUCAAAGUAAGUCCAGGAGGGAGGAUUCCGGCAGUAGCUCUCGUCACAAGGAUUCACGCAGCAGCUCGCGCAAGGACUCAAUGCAAAGCAGCUCCAAAGAAAUAGGAAAAGGUACCCAGUGCAGUGCCAAUAGAGAGGGUUCCCUAAUUGACUCCACCAAUGAAGGAGCUAUUGACAGCCGUAGGAAUGAAGAUUUGAGGCUUUCUUCGCGAGUACAAGAUCCACAGAUUAGUUCGCGCAGAGCAUCGGAGAGUAGCUCGCGGAGGGAAUCACUGAGCAGUUACAGAAGAGACGACUCCAGGCUCAACUCGCAGAACAGCUCCAGAUUGGGAUCACGUGUCAGCUCAAGGGCGGAGAAUUCGCGUUCCAGUUCCAUGCGGGAAUCACAAGCCACCUCGCUAUACGGCAGUUCGGCGGCCAGUAGCUUUGACUACCACAUACACGGGGAACAGGAAUUUAAGGUGGUCAAGCAGGAUCAAGGAAGACAAAAUGAGAAGGGGGAUGAGACGAAGGAGCAACUGGAAAAAGAGCAGCAGCCAAAGGAUCUACGACAAGGGGAACCCAAGCGAAAAGAGCAGCGGGACAAGGAUGAACAUCUGGAAAGAGAACAGAAAGGAAUUCAGAAACUCGCGAGGGAACAGAGAAAAGCUGAACAGCGCGAAAAGGAGCGCGAGCAAGAGCGACGGUACACGGCGGCUCAGUUCGAGAAGAUUUUGGGCAGUCGGCGGCAUGAGAACAAGGAGAACCAGCAACCGCAGAACCCCUCCACUGGCGAAACCGCAAACGCCUCCACAUCCUCCUCAUCGAUAGAAAUUGGAUCCGGAGGUAGACCGCGGGGGGAACUGGAUCUAGGAAUCGAUUUGCUCUGUUCUCUGGUGAAAACUCGCAGCCUCAGCCAGGGACAGAAGAAGAAACUGGUCAGAGAUAUAGCCAGGCGUAUCGCCUGUCUGGAUCUGGCCGAAUCCAGUACUAGUUUGCGCUCCCUGAGCAACACAAAGGAGCAGCUAAAGGUGUCCACAGGAUCUCAGCAGCGGCAAGACGCGGCCACCAAUACGACCCAGUCCAGUUCGAGAAGCUCCUCUAAAGCUGAACGCAUUGCUCUACCAGUGCCCGCUCCACGAAAGCGAGGAACUGCCGGCACACCGUCGCCAUUGCCUGCCAGCUUAACGCACAGUGGUUCAACCAGUGCCUCACGCGAGGUGAUCACCCAGAAGACCAAUGUACCAACUCGCGAGGCUGCCUCAACGGAUGCAGAUGUCGAGCCUUCGGACUUGCAGGAGUGGCUGAAUCCCAUGACCCAGAGUGAAAUAGAGUACGAGCAGCGUUUAAAGGGAGGCACGGAUUCGGAGCGCAGGCAGCAGCUCAACUGGAUCGACACAGAGAUUCGUCGCCUGGAGGGAUUGCAGAAGCUGUUGUUCAAUACCAUUGCCACUUUGCCCAACAGUUCGCACAUUGAAGCGGGAAAGGAAUAUCUUUUGCCACAAGAAAUGCAAGCUGACGCAUUUGAAGAAGUGGACAAUCCGGAAACACCAGCUACACCGCCGCCGCCAGUGCGAAUUGAAUCGGUGGGAGCGACGCUCAGGGAACUGCCUCAAACUCCUGCUCCCACACCGCCAGCACCGCCACCACCACCACCUCACCUCAACCAGCAGAAACCACAGAACCGCAAAAAGAUGGCCACUCCUGUACUCGCUUCGAGUAGCUCCACCAGUGGCGGUGGUCGCAGCGAAAGUGUGUGUUCCUUUGUCCAGCAAAGGCAGCGGCAGUUCCGCGAGCAUUAUCAGAACCAGCAGCAGCAACAGCUGCUAUUGCUGCAGCAGCAGAAGCUUCACCAGCAGCAGAAGCAGCUAAAUCAGCAGAAAGAUCUUUUGAAACAGAAGCAGCAACGAUGUGCUCAUUGUGCGCAUUGUGGUCACCAGCGGACGCACGUUCAUCAGCAGCAUUGUCCGCAGUACCGGAGGCAACACCAGGAAGCAACGCAGGACCAACACGAUGAACGGGAGCAUUAUAUGCAGAUGCAGUACGCCCAGGCGGCGGAAAGUGCCAAUGCCACUCCACUCCAGAGUGGUAGCGCCGGUUAUAGCUGUGCGGAUAGCAAGGAAGCCAUCUACUACCAGGUGGUGAACUCGCAGGGAGCAGCUAGCUAUGUGCAGGCAACAAUGGUGAGCACAGGGGCACAAAACGAAGCAUCUGCAACUGGUGGAGCAGGAGGCUCGGCCAUCAGCAGAUCGACCACAACCACCACCAGUUCAUCCACCUCGAUGAUGUGCAUCAGCUCGGAUAUGUCCAUACCCAUGGGCAUGGUGAACACAUGUGAGACCACCACCACGACCACCACACAUCAGUACGAUGACGUGGCAUGUCAGCGGGUGAGAAGGCUGCACAAGGAGACCAGAAAGAAUGCGGAGCGCAUGCAACGCCAGACGCUGCAUGUGCGUCCACGUGCCAUUGCCUAUUCCAUCCAGUUCACGCCGACGGGCGACAGUGAGGUGUUUCCGGAAACGCGUUCCCUGCAGGAUCAACUGCAGCUGGCUCGUCCCGAGUUCUGUGCCAAGUCCAAGCAGCGCAAGGCCAUACUUAACGAGAUGCAGAUGAUCCGAAACCAUCGGCGGCAGGAGCUCGACAAUCUUCUGUGCGAGAAUACCAGCUUGGAGACGCUGGACAGACGUCUGCAGCAGCUGCCACCGCCAGCCACAUCUCGCUUGAGGAUAUUUACCACCAAGCAAAUGAAGGCGAUGACCACCAAACGCUGCCAAAGCCUGCCGGAAGUGUUAGCCGCCCAAAAUCGGCAGCAGGAAGAGCGAAGACGUCGCUGCAAUCGUCUGAUGCGAGAUGUUUUUAACAAGCGCCUUCACAAUCGCGUGGCCAACGGACAAAUAUCGCUAAAUCACAGCAUGGCAAUCAUCUAGCGAGGAUCGAAUUAGGAUUUCCACACAGCCACAGAAAUGACACCCCCACC